AUGGCUCCAAUCACUUUUUACACUUUCAAGACUCCUAAUGGGUAUAAGAUUUCGAUCUUUUUGGAAUUACUCGGACUCCAAUACAAGGUUAAAAACCUUGACAUUUCAACCAAUGUUCAGAAAGAACCAUGGUUUCUUGAAUUGAAUCCAAACGGCCGUAUUCCAACCAUUGUCGACCAUUCGACUGGUAUCACCAUAAGUGAAACCGGGGCUAUCUUACAAUACUUGGCUGACACCUACGAUAAAGACCAUUUGUAUUCGUACGAACACGGUACUAAAGAAUACUAUAAGUAUCUUGAAAUCCUUACUUUUGCAAUUGCCGGCCAGGGCCCAAUGCAAGGUCAAGCCAACCAUUUCAGUCUUUAUGCUCCAGAGAAAAUCCCUUAUGGGAUCAAGAGAUACACUGAAGAAACGAAAAGACUUUAUAGUGUUCUUGACUUGUAUUUGGAAAGAAGCAAAGGUCCUUACUUGGUUGGCGACCGUCUUACUGGGGCCGAUGUCUCGGUCUUUGGCUGGGCUGCUUUUGCCAAUGCCAUUGGUGUUGAUCUUGAACAGUUUCCUCGUGUUUGGACUUGGGCCAAACUCGUUGCCAAAAUCCCAGAGGUCCAAAAGGGUCUUGCUGUCCCUGAACCACGUCCAAUUCACCCCGGCUUGAUUUGA